CAUACACAUAUCAUUUUAUGUCUCCAGCCGUUUCAAAAAAUGAGAAAACACAUGUAAAAUUGUUGGGGAACAAAAUACAAAAACUGAAAUAAAACAGUGUAAAACUGGUGCCGACAGACUGUGUAUAAUAGAACUGCAUACGAUGACAUCAGAUUAAACACACAACUGGAAAGGAAAAGUUUCCUCAUCUUCUCGUUUUUGACUAUGGUCCCAACACUACAUUGGGUGUUCUGACUUAAGUGAGGCAUUUGCUGUAUAGUUUCUUAAUUGGAAAAUAACAGUAGUCGACAGGAAGUGCAGAAUUAUAAGAAUGUAUUUAACAUACUUGUUGUCGUGGCUACAAAUACAGAUAUAUUUAUCUGUCUCUCUCUCUUGGUACAAAACAAUAUAAAAAUGUUUUUUUAAUCCACUUUAAUACCUUUAAAUUAGAUCUGUGUCCUUAAGAAGUUAUUGUAUUCUCAAAAUAUAUCGCCCUAAAAGAUUAUUAUGCUAUUCAAUGAAACAUUCUAGUAUGAUAGCAUAUCAUAAAGCUAUGUUAACAUUUCCUUCAGUUCUCUAUCAUUGUAGUAGUCAGCAGUUUUCAUAAUCGCACCCAAACAGGUGCCAAACACUGGGAAUAGGAUACUUUAAUAGCAGGCAAUUCUGUUCAUUACAAUACAGCAGCAGGAAAACGUGACUUUGUGUGUGCUUCCCGAGUCCAAACAGUUUGACAAGGGGCAGUCAAAAGUAUUGAUUCCAUUUAAACCAACAUUCUAUCUUUUUGUUUGUUUAUCUUUCAAUUAUGAUAAGUAUAUUUUUCUCCUUUAUAACUGUGGAGCCUUUGCUGGUUGCAUAGGGCCCUAAGUGCAAAGGCAAAUAUUUAGUAAUAAGGCAAAUCAUUUGCACCGAUUGAGAAACUUGUGUUUCAUUACCACCGUUGUCUUUGCCGCAAUAAGUUGUGUACAUUUUGUGGAUCAAAUACAUGUCAAAUAUACUGUCAAAAAAUCCAACAAACCACUAGCUAACUAGUAUUUUUUUUUGUAUUCCUUUUCAAAGGAUUUGCCUCUGCACUUGCUAGAACACCUUGACUUACAUUUUUGUAGACUCAAAGGGUUCCCCCUCCUUCCAUUACUCGAUCACUGUGGGGAAAUAUUGUUCUUUUGAAUAUCCUUCAGAUAGACAGAAAUGAUGCUGAAACACUGAUAGGAAAUUGUCUGAAUACGAAGCGAUAAAAUAGACCAUGAUUUGUGACAGAACCAAAACAGUAUAUACUUAGAGUAGAGGGCCUCAUUCCUGUCAGUGUCAAAGCUCUAGAAAACUAUCUGCUAGUUAAAAUGUUUGAACCAUAAACAUAUGUAUAGUUUAUAAUAAUGAGAAAAGUUAAAUUCAUGAUAAUUAACUUAGUUUAUUGGGGUAAAGUUUUUUGCAUAAGUAGAUAAAAACCUGCUCUGUACAGCUGUGGGAGUGAAGUUCAAGGUAAAAUUAUUUGUUUAUAAUUACUAACUGUUCUCCAAUAUUCUCUCCUUGGCAUAGGCUGGCUUGAUGGAGAAAGUGUUUAUGUUUUAAGGGUCUAUAUUUUUUAAAUGCUGAAUAGUUUCUUUCCCUGAAUUUGUCUGCUAUGUAAAGAUGCUUUUUUUUUUUUUUUAAUAUGUGCGUAUAAGAAUAUGGGGGAACAUGAUGGGAGACUACAUUUGGGGGCUGAUACGUGAAAGUGAUUUACAGUAUAAUCGUAAAUCUCGAAAAACUACUCACUUCUAAAUCUUUUGUAGUCAUUUUUGUAUUACUUUAGUAUAAAUACAUGUUAAUUUGGAUUCAUAUGUUGUUUGUUUUUUUUCUGACUUUAUGUGAACGAAAAGACACAAAUUUGCCAGUUUUCUCACUGGAAAUAGGUAAAUUUCAAAAUAUCACUGUCCUGGUCACAAAAGCAAAGUUUGUGGGGAAUAAUAGCCAUUUUCUAUACUUUUGAGGCAUAAGCAAUUAGGAAAUAACACUUACUACCCAGGAACAAAAAUUGUGUUACAUCAGAGGCACUAAAAUCUCACCCUAGUCACCCUCCGCCCAGCUGCCAAGAAGAAGUGAUUCUAAUUUGGAUACUAUCUACAGCCAAAUAAACGUUUGAUUUGAAACACUAAUACAAUGUAAAGAUUAUUUUUUUUGUGAAUGUAUAGUGGAUUAGAAAAAGAUUGAGACAAUGUAGAAAGAGCUUAAUGAGUUUAUUUUUUUUACACAAGGAGGCCUGUAAAGUAUGCUAUUUUUAUCAGUUGUUGCACUGGACUAUGCCACGUGCUGACUAUAGUCCACCUUCUCUUAACUCCAGGCCCUGAAUACUGUUCACAAGUUCCACCCACGAGGAACAGCCUGUCUGCAGAGUCCAACAUAAGACCAGACAGAUCCAUUGUAGCCAUCAUAUGCAACCUGACUCCCCAUGCCCAUCACUGCCCCAAACUCAGCCUAAUUCAUAUUAACUGUUCCAGCCAUUUGAGUCGACCCUGUUAUCACUCUAGAAAAACAUUAUUUUCUUGUUUUUGUACCGGCUCAAUCAAACUCAGAUUACAUUCAUGUUUUUAUAUUUCCUUUAAUAGCACAAUGUGGGGCUCCCUCUAGUGGAAGUUUCUGGAGAAUAAUGUAAUGGAUCGGUAACAGAAAGUGAAGGGUGCCGGUUACAUUGUGAUUGGGGUUUACUUAUUUUAUUUAUUUUAUUUAUUUUACUUCUAAACAGUAUUCUUUUUUUUUGCCUCUUGUCCUUUUCUAUUGCUUUUAGUAGCUGAACUACAGGACCUAAUUGUGUCUUGUUUAUUUCAGACCAUGGGCACCGGAAGUACAGCAAAUAAAGUAAAAUACUAAAAAAAAUACUAGUAAAAUAAUGAUACUCAGAAAUAAAUAUGAUCACAAACAGUAAUAAAUAAUACAGUAAGCACAGGUGAACUUUCAACAUUUGUAUUUGUUUUUACUAUAUUUUAAUAAGACUAUAGAAUAAUUAAAGAACAGAGAUUAAAAAGAAAGCAAACACACAUUUUGUGAUAGGAAUGGGGAGUGGCUAGAACAAACUGGCCCUAAUUGUCUUGCUUAGUUAGGCACUUUUUUAUGUUGGCUUUAUUUCCUUUUAUAUUCAAUUAUUUUAUCAAUUAUAAUAAAAGUAUUUUUCUGGAGGAUUUGUGUGAGAGGGUGUGUGUGGUGGAAUUCAAAUGUUGUUUCAUAGGUAGUGUGAGCUGGUGGAGCCCACUUAAUUCUGUAGGAUAACUGAUGAUGUGUUGAACCUGCAGAAUGACAAUCAGGACACAAGGAGUACAAUCAAUGGUAGGUUUUAUUAUUCUUCCUUUCACAGCUGGGUAAAAUAAUCCAACACAAAUAAAAACCUUUCCCAGAGUUUAAGGGCUUAACCCAAACUUAAAGUUGAUUAAAUAAUAAUGAAAAACAAUAACACACAAAAGUUAUUUUUCAUUUGUAAAGUCCAGAGUGGUUUCCAGAGUCCGACUUACCGUCCACUUAGACCUCUUGGCGUGGAACUGCAAGGUGAGUAUUAAAACACUUUUCAGGAUUUAAAUGAAUUCUGUGUUUGCUUUUAACUGACUUUCCUUCUUUCUUUUUCAGGUUUUCAAACGCGUCCAUAAGAGGGUGCUGCUGAUCCAGGACACACAGGUAAGUAAAGGAACAGUCCAUACAACAGAACAAAGCCGCACAGAUCCAGUGCUGCCUCUCCAGAGUCUAAGCGCAGUGUUUUCAAAGGUAUAACCAAAUGUUCCUGUCAGGACAACUGAAAAGUCAGCACAUCCGGUCACUUUUUUUUUAAAGUAACAGAAACGCUUAUUCACUGCGAAACAUGAACUACUUUAGAUGUGUAAUGACUGCAGCAUAGGAUACUAACCUUAAGGUUAGGGUUUCGGUGUAGGGAGAGGAUUAUUCAUUGUCUUAACAAUAAUAUGAUAGCCAAUCAGAGUGCAGUGUCCUGAGAGGAGAAUUUUGUGUUACCUUUGUAAGGACAGCAGUCCAAGCGGGAUUACGAGGAAGAUGGCUCAUGGCUGCCCCUCCUGGCACUAAGUGGAACCAAUGGGUACAUUGUAAUUGUAUCUUCAAUUAAACAGCAAACAGUCCAUAUACCAACUCUGGUCAAAAUAAAAGUUUCUUUCUGAAAUGCUGGUUUCAGUGUGUUUCUUUCUGCUUUAGCUCUAAAACCAGUCUUUUGCACUCUCUCAGCCUCCUGUACCACGUGGCUGAAGAGAUGCUAAUUUAAUUCAAGUUUGUAUUUUGCUGAGACCCAAAGUUGUUUGUUGUAAAGUUAAACGUGUAGUAUUGCUUGUACACAAAAAACAAAGAAAACAAAAGCUUUGAAACUGAAACAGGCCUGCAUCCUGCCAGUACAACACACAGUCCUGUUCCAUGAGCAUUCCCGAGGGUAUUCACAGUGAGAAUAUUAAAGGUACAACAGUGAAACAGUCCAGCACACAGUUGUAGUUUCCCUUUGUUAAAAUUUCACUCACUGCUGUUUGUUUUCAUUACGCCUUUCCGUGGCAUUUAUAGCGUACCACAAUACUCUUCAAAGACUUUUAGUAAACAACGCCCAUUGUUGUUUUUUAAACAAGCACAGUACUUGCGUUUUUUAUAAAAUGUGUAAUCUAGCAUUUAAGGUGACAGAAGACUUACAGCGUCUCUUCUAUUCACGUUGUCCAAUCUUUUCAAGCAGAUUUGCAGCGUUCCGCUUGUCUCUCUCUUACGUCAGUGUUUUCACUUUCAGCUUGGCUCAAACACAGCACGAUUACGUAGCUCUACCUCAGGCUACAAGUAUACCAGAACCAUCGUAUCUCUCUCUUACUCUCACACGCCCCCUCACCACCACUCUACAUCACACCUUUCUUUCUCUUUUCUUUUCACUAGCUCCACCAGCUGAUUUAUAUACAGAUCGCUACCCAUGAGGCAGCGGCUGAUUUCGCUAGUGAUUGUGGGUUUUAUAGUUUUCUUUAUCUUUUUUUUUAAAUGCAAGUGUAUUAUUUAAAAACAGAGCAACCAUUAUUUUUUAUUUACUCUUGGCAUUCUUUGAUACUUCAUUGUUCUACAAUGUUAAAAUUGCCUCCAUGUUUUAUUAUUGUACAGUCUCUGUACCACCAUUCUGCCACAGUAGAAAUAUAUUUCCCUAAAUGCUUCUUAUUAAAAAGAUGUUUUUAGCUGCAUCUAAUCAUGAUUAAAAAUGUGCUGCCUUGUAAUGGUCAUGGUUAUUAGAUGAGCUCCUGACUUGUUCACUUGCUUACUAUGUCAUACAAUUGGCCAUCUUUAAAUUCAAAUACAAUAUAAAAGCAAAGUUUAAAUGUCUCUAAUGUCAUAUUUGGGCAAUUAGAUUAUUUUGACAAAUACAAAUACCGUAUUUUGACAAAUACAAAUACCGUAAACAUAUUUUAAAAUUAUUAUUUUUCAUUAAUGAAUUAUCAACCUGAAGCAUCUGUACUGUAUAUUCAAUUUGUGUUAAGCUAAACUUUCAUGUGAGAUUGCCUAGAUGUCACAUAUACAAUUACAUGUUCUCAAUCAAAGUACAAUUAUGUCAGGUGGAUACAUUCACACAACACUUAAGCAAAUGCAACUUGCUUAAUUGUUCAAUCAUCAAUCAGUCCUCCAUUAUGUAUAAAGGGAGUCACAUGUGGACUAAACUUUGUUGGUAAGCAAUGGAGCAGGACCAAAUACAGCAAGAGAGAGCUGGAGGAAGAGGUAGAGGAAGAGGUAGAGGGCAAGUCAGAAGAAGGAUCUUGAAUGACUUGAGGGCGACUAUAAUUGAUCAUGUCAUCAAUCGUGGUCUAACCUUGAGAGAGACUGAGAGCCAAAUGUGAACAGAUCUACAGUCGCUUCAAUCAUUCGUACAAAAAUAGAAUGGCUAGAAGACCAACUUCAGGGGAAAGAGGACGGCUCUUCACUGAGCAACAAGAAACAGCAAUAGUAGAUAUGGUCAUCCAAAACAAUGCCAUCAGUUUGAAAAAUAUACAGCAGAGAAUCAUCCAGGACAAUGAAGUUUUCACCAACAUUCAUCAUUGUAGUUUAGCCACAAUAGAUUGUGUCCUGAAAAGGAAUGCUAUCCGAAUGAAGCAGGUCUACAGAUGUGCCAUUCGAAAGAAACUCUGCCAGAGUGAUGGAGGCAAGGUUUCAGUAUGUUCAAGUAAUCAAAGUGUACAGUGAAGAUGACACAAGUCGAGCACUGGAAGUACCCAGCGAUAUUACAGCACGGGACGUCUGCCAGUUGUUCAUACUAAAGAACCAUUGCAUCGAUGACCAUAGCUGGACACUUUUUGAGCAUCUGGCCCUCAUAGGCAUUGAAAGAACCAUAGAAGACCAUGAGUCGGUUAUUGAAGUGCAAUCAAGCUGGGGAAUGGAAACAGACGACCGUUUAUAUUUUAGGAAGAAUUAUGCCAAAUAUGAAUUCUUUAAAAAGCCACUGGAUUUUUUUCCAGAGCAUAUGGUGUCUAUAUCAAGUGAAACCAAUGGAAUUCUGAACCAUUCACAACUUGUACAGACAUUUCUUAAUGCUGGCUCUUGCCCUGAAAUCCAUGGUUUUCUUCAUGCUAAAGAGCAGGGAAAGAAGACUUGGAAAAAGAUGUACUUUGUCUUGAGAAGAUCUGGGCUUUAUUUGUCAAAUAAGGGAACUUCAAAGGAACCCAGGCAUCUUCAAUUUGUUACUGAAUUCAGUGACAGUGAUGUUUAUACAUUACUGGCAGGCAGGAAGAAGUAUGGGGCACCAACAGACUACGGAUUCUGUAUUAAGCAUAACCAGUCGGGAGGAGCCAGAGGCCUGAAACUGCUCUGUGCAGACGAGGAGCAGAUUAGGACCUGCUGGGUGACAGCCAUUCGGCUUUUCAAGUAUGGGAUGCAGCUGUACCAAAAUUUCAUUCAACCUCAUCAGAAGCAGAAAGCAUCACCAGUGAGAAGCAUUUCAGAAAACUCACUAGUGGCAAUGGACUUUUCAGGGCACAAGAGCAGGGUGAUAGAAAACCCUACAGAAGCGCUUUCUGUUGCUGUUGAGGAAGGACUUUCCUGGCGGAGGAAAAGCUGUCUCCGACUCAAUCCACAUGGAUGUCCCUCUACUCAGAGUUCUACUUCAAAUUUAGUUAUUCACAGAACUCACCCCUGGUUUCAUCAUAACAUUUCUAGAGAUGAAGCUCACAAAUUAAUUGCACAGCAAGGUCUUAUUGAUGGGGUGUUUCUUUUAAGGGACAGCCAAAGUAAUCCAAAAACGUUUGUUCUGUCAUUGUGUCAUGCCCAGAAAAUAAAGCACUUUCAGAUUGUACCUCUGGAGGAAGAUGGAGAGCUGUUCUUCACCCUGGAUGACGGUCACACAAGAUUUACAGAUCUUAUCCAGCUUGUGGAGUUUUACCAGCUUAAUAAGGGAGUGUUGCCCUGCAAGCUAAAACAUCAUUGUGCUCGAAUUGCUCUUUAAUCAGGACAUGACAUUUCUUGUAUUCAUCAGAUGUUCUGAAAAGAACCACAGAAAACUAAAGGCAGUGAAAAAACAACUUAAUUGUAAGGUGUUUUUUAAAAUAAUUGUGAGUUCUGCACAAAAAAAAAAAAAAUCAAAACCUCUGUUUAACCAGAUGAGUCGAUUUGAGAACAAAUUCUCAUUUACAACGUGCCUUGGACUAAGAAAACAUUAAUUGUAUUGCAGCCAAAUUAGCAAGAAGCUGCUGAUUCACAUGAGCAUUUAAGCGAAAGUACAAUAACUAUGGCAUUAUAAAAUUGAUAAGCUGUUUGGGGGAAAAAGUGUGCUGUCUUGUCAUUAAGAUAUAUUGUAAAGAUUUUACAAAGCCCAGAUCAUACAUUUCUAUAUUAGUAUUUUUAGUAAAGUUGUCUGCUCAUCAAGUAAAAUGGGGCAUACAAAAAAAAACCCACCAAAUCUAUAUGUUAAAAUAACGGAACUUUGUUUCUUUUUAAAAUGCUUUUUUUCUCUUUUUUUAAAGAGCAGCAUAGUUUAUAUCUUUUUAUUGAAAGUACCGUAAUAUGCUAACAGAGAAUAGUUCGUUGAAAUGAUUAAUGAAUGUCAAUUACUGCAAUGUUUUUGUAUAAAUCAAAGUCAAUUUGCACUGUUUUCAGUUUGUUUUGAUUUUUGUUUUUAAAUCUAUUCAGGAUUGAGACGGUUACACAACUUUAUAAAAUGUUCUACAUUCAAGGAUGACUGUAUAAUCAUUGUAGAUGACAUGUUUGAUUUGUUAAUUGCACUGUAGUUGGAACUCUGGUGUCAUGUAUUACUCAUUAUUCACAUUGACUGUCCAGACUGUCACAAUAUGCCAAGUAGUUCAAUGCUGUUUCGUUCUUUAAAUGUAUGGUCAUGUACCCAAUUGCUUACAUUUUCUAUAAAAUGACCUAAAGUGUAUUUAUAUGACAACAUAGUAUAAUAAAUGUAUAUGUAAUGUAUUCAAAGAACCUGUUAUGACAUUUUUUCUAUACCCCUAUUUUAUAUAUUUUAUCAGCUCUAUUUACUCCAAAAUAUGACAGUCCGUCCUUGUCAUCACCUUAAAAACAGUUCAAACACCAAGUGAUAUUUUAUAGAACAUUCUAUUUUUUAGAUGACCUGCAAAAUGUUUGUUGUAAUGUUCUGCUAUUCUUCUUACACUCCUGUGUAUACCAAUACAUCACUUGAAUUAUGUAUGUGUUGCAUUAGUAAAAUUUUCUGUAGA